CGAGGGUCGAGGUCAUACGUCAGUUGGGACUGGAUGUAAACAUGGCGGACACGGACAUGACGGAUGCGGACAUUGGAGAAAAUGCCAUAAAUUUGAGCAGAAAUAACAUUUCCUCAACGAUGGACGAUUUAACAAGUCCACUGAUGAAUGAUCCUGAUGGCUUCGAAACCCGAACAAUGAAUGGAUUUCCAGAUGGCUUGUCAGUCAACACCGAUGACACAACAGACGACAACACCCCAGGGGUGCGCUGGGAGCUCAACUAUCAAGAAGCAGCCAUCUACCUCAGGGAAGGAGAGAACAACCACAACUUCAGCACCCACCCCAAGAGUCAAGACGCCCUGCCGGCGUACAUCCUGGUGCACAACAUUUGGUUCUAUAUGAUGGACUUCGCCGCAGCCGUUCUGCUCCUGGGCCUGGCGCUCUGCGAGAGACCCGCUGUGCAAGUGUUCGAGCUCCCUGUCUUUAUCCAUGGGUCAGUUGAGCUCUUUUUGCUGACCAUCAUUGCCAUUGGUCUGGGGUUAAAGGGCAGGUGGCUCGGGGUCAAGCAGUUUUUCCUCCACAAGAGGACAGCAUUUAAAACCCUCGUUCUCCUUGUCAUGUACUGUGAAGCUAUCACCGUCCUUGCCAGGCAACAGAGCCACUUUCGCAUCACGCGGGCCCUACGCCCAUUCUUCCUGAUCGACUGCCAUUACUGUGGAGGUGUCAGAAGAGUACUGCGUCAGAUAUUUCAGUCGCUGCUUCCAAUUCUUGACGUGAUGCUCCUGCUGUUUUAUUUCAUGGUCAUCUUCUCUAUCCUCGGUUUUUUCAUCUUUUCCAACGUGGAUCGAGGCAAUUUUGACAGUCUAGUUGACAGCUUUGUCAGUCUCUUCAUCUUGAUGACGACAGCCAAUUUCCCUGAUGUCAUGAUGCCGGCUUACAACAACACCCCAUGGUCCGUGUUGUUUUUUGUCGUCUUUCUCAUCUUAGAGUUGUACUUUUUCAUGAAUUUGCUGUUGGCGGUUGUGUACGACACCUUCACUGGAAUUGAGAAAGAUAAAUUCAAAGCACUACACCUUCAUAAGCGGACGGGAGCCAGCAAAGCAUUCAAGCUCCUCUGUAGCAGACGGCACCCUGGCAAGGUCAGCUUUAACCACUUUGAGGGCCUGAUGAAGUACUACCGACCUCGAUUCAGCAAACGUAACGUCAUGCUGGCCUUCAAGACGCUCGACGCUAGCGACACUCAGCUGCUCACCUUGUCAGAGUUUCAGGAAAUCUACGAGGUUGUGCAGUUGAGAUGGCAUCUGAGGCGGGACGAGGGCCGCUUGUGGUAUGAGGAUCUAGCAUAUCCGCUACACAAGCCCUUCGAGAUACUCAAUCGCUUUGUCAACUGGAGCAUCUUCAACUAUGCCAUUUAUCUGGUGUUGUUUGUCAAUGGCAUUGUGUUUAUCUACAAGACUAUAGUCCUGUCAAGCAUGAAUGACGUGUCCAAGAUUAACACUGUGAACAUCGCUGUAGACUGGUAUGACUGGGCCUUCAUUGGGAUAUAUUGCGGAGAAAUCCUGCUGAAGGUAGUUGGACUAGGAUUCCGUGGAUACUUCAGCUCUGGGUGGAAUGUAUUUGAUUUUGCAGUGACUGCAAUUGCGCUGCUUGGAAUGACAGUCGAAUCUGUCAGCUCGGCAUUCUACUUUGUCAUCUUGAGACCGAUACGACUCCUGAGAUUGUUUAAGAUCAAGAAGAGAUACCGGGACGUGUUUGGGACUUUUUAUGUGUUGCUGGGUCGAAUGUUGAGUGUUGGUAUAGUCAUCAUUGUCAUGUACUAUUUCUACGCCAUUAUCGGGAUGGAGCUCUUUUCAGAUGUGGCCCUCAAGAACUGUUGCAAAAAUACUUCGUACGAGUCAUUCUUCAGCGAGGAGGGCAAAUUUUUCUUUUACCUGAACAAUUUUGGCAACAUACUAUAUAGCUACGUAACUCUGUUUGAGCUGACAGUUGUCAACAACUGGCACGUGAUCAUGUUCGGUAUAGCCCACACCACCACAGAAUGGAGCAGGAUCUACUUCAUCUUGUUCUAUCUGUCAAGCCUGGUUGUGGUGACUAUCAUCGUUACGUUCAUCCUCGAGGCCUUUGUGUUCAGGAUGCAGUAUGGACAACGCAACUCACAGGCAGACGAGGAAUUUGUCAGCUCCAUCACCAGCGAAAUGACAUUAUCCCUCCAGGAACUGGACAGGUUUUACCCACCAGAGUCCAGGAACAGCGUGCCCUUGGCCGUACUACACACCAUGUUGAGAAAUGCGCCUGGCAGAAUACUAACGUACAAGGGCUCCAGGAAACGAACGAAAGCAGACCUCAGCAAGACAAUGUACGCCGACGAAAUCAAGGAGUGGGUGCGGCAACAAGACCAAACACAACGCCAAGACCUCCACCAGUUCCUGGUGCGUCAACUCAGCAGGGGCGGCUCCCACAUGCUCCUCUCCCCGACGCCAGCUGACACCCCGUCCUCGGACGACGAGCCAAAUCAUGGCAACCAGGACACCACGGCGUUCCAGCAGCUGCAGACGUUCGCCAACGAGGGCACCGCCAAUCAUUUCGACGAGGAGCUGACGUGCUGGCCGAGCAGAACUGACCAGCCCUACUGGGAGGUCCCGCAACAGGACAGCCCCUUCCUGAGGAGGGAACCAGACCAGCCAUCCAUGGUUUGGUCGAGAGACAUUGACAACCUACAGGAGAAAUCAUCUUGCCAGUUCAGAAAUGUCGGGAUGGAGUACGAUGAUGACGAUGAACUCAUAAAGGCCUGAGAGCAGUCUGGAUGUAGCCAGACAGAUACCCUGAAGGUGCCUGUAGACACAAACAUUCCUCUCGGCAUUGUUUCCAUAGGAUGUUGGGAGUGUGUCAACCUCCACACAUGGAUUUACCAAAGCCUGCUUUUAAUUAUCGUCCAGUGCCAUGAUUUUUAUGUCUAUCCAAAGGAUUUAUAUUUACCCACCCUCCCCCCAUGCAUAGGGAAGUAAAUUAGAACUGCACUCGUUCUUUCACUUCAAGGUACAGUCCAUCAUUUGUCAUUUAUCCGUUGUGUUUCUUCAAGGCAAUAACAUCAUUCAAAAUGUAAAGAAGGGUGCCUUUGAAUGAACCCAAUGAAGUUUCAGCUCAGUGAGUGUUGUACACUCUGAGAAAAACAACUUCCUAGGAUUUUGAUUUGAGAUCACCUCAUCCUGAAUCCAGCGUCCGGGACAGGUUCUCAGAUUCAGUUGAAUGCCGCUACGCAGUGUCGCACAGUAACCCUGUGCGCACGUGUCAUGUCACCCACUUCUAAUAGCAAUUUUCCCAAAAUGCAUUCUGAGAUGCAUCAUUGGAAAUAGCCUUCUUUUAUUGUUUUCUUCAAAAUGACAGCCUGCCAAUCAGAAGAAUUUCACAGGGAGUUUAGUCCCAUAACCACCUCUAAACGAGGUAAACUUUUCCAACAAUAAUUUCAUCUGUAACUUUUGGAAGAACUCAUAAUGAUCAGCUCUACCUUCAAAAAGCCAUCAUUUUUCUCUGCUUACAAAGAUGAGAAUAUUUUGUAUAUCAUGGACGGCCACUUGCUGAAGACUGUGGCUGUACAGUUCAGCCAGUUGUCUAGGACAAGCACAGAAGUUUGUAAGUUUGAUGCUUACUAUAGCAGGUACUUAAAGUGGCUUGUCUCAAAUUCUGUAUAGUGCAUCGUCAGUAAAAACAAAAAGCUUAAGUGUCUUCACAUGCAUUUGUGGUACCCGAUCAUUGUUUUACAGUCUUUCAGUGUGAGGAGAGGUGGUCUUUGUGCUAUUGCGAUGGGGCCUGUAGAUGGGAAGAUGGCCUUAUCUGAAAUCUUUUAAUGCUAAAUCUUGGGUCUCCCGUGAUGAUGGCCAUGUGUCAGAUCUGCAGCUCUGACACAUUACCAGCAAUGGGAGCAAUACCGUAGAAAAGUUUAUGAUGAUUACAUUCCAUUGCUAGCUCAUUCGACAAAAUAGCUUCAGGGGGUCGAUUUCACCGAGCUGGCAAACAGAGAAUUUUGCCAUGGAAGAAAAUAUUAAAAAGCAGGUUAGAAGCCAAUUCCAUGCAUUUUAUAUUCCCUGGGACUCGUCCCCAGCCAAUUUAUGCUUGGCACAGCUAUGAUUGCAUGCUUUUACAUGUGCGCUUAACACAAGACAGGUGUAUCCAAAAGAGACUACACUGAGUUCAAUAUCCCCAAUAUAUUGUUUACUAUUUUCAUACAAAUAUGUCUGUUGAUACUGGUAGAUGAAGGUUUUGUGCUUUAAUUCAUAAUUUUCAUAAUCAAACAGAAUUUUAUACCUGAGAGACCAAGGGCAACCUUUGUAAGUCAUCUAACAAUUGGAAAAAGUGCCAUUUCUUUCCUAACUGCUUUGUGCCCACAGCAUUAACAGCACGCCUAAUCACGGCUCUAUCUUGCCCUAGAGCGGUGAUUUCAUCAGGUGUUAUCCAUCUCUCCAGGUCACCCAGGUCCGUCAGUGGAGAAAUAAGAACCCAGA